GGUGCCCGCUGCUCUGCCUGAUGGCCCGGUGCCCGCUGCUCCACCUGAUGGCCCGCUGCUCCGCCUGAUGGCCAGCUGCUCCGCCUGAUGGCCCAGUGCCUGCUGCUCCGCCUGAUGGCCCAGUGCCUGCUGCUCCACCUGAUGGCCCAGUGCCCGCUGCCCAGCCUGACGUGCCUCUGCCCGCUGCCCAGCCUGACGUGCCUCUGCCCGCUGCCCAGCCUGACGUGCCUCUGCCCGCUGCCCAGCCUGACGUGCCUCUGCCCGCUGCCCAGCCUGACGUGCCUCUGCCCGCUGCCCAGCCUGACGGCCUUGGUGUAUUGCUCCCUUGUGCCCUGUAUCCUGAUCCUGUAUCCUGCCUGCCUGACUCUCUGCUUUGAUCCUGACUCCGCAUGAACUCUGCCUAUACUGACCUCGGCUACUCCUGACCACUUUCCUGCC